GCUCAGUAAGGAGCUCCAGCAGAAGGACAAGGUCAUCGAGUCUCUGCGGGCCAAGCUGGACCAGCAGCAGUCCCAUCACUACGGCAACCAGCGCUCUGACACGCCCUGCAGCAGCCACGCCCUCUCCGACACCACCACCGGGUCCGACCAAUCGGAUCGCAUCUCCUAUGUGUCCGAUGAGCGGGGCUCCACCAAUGAGGACCUGGAGCUCAGCUCGGAGAUGGACGCGGCCAGUGAGUUCGGUCCGGAGGGGCGGGGGGCCUCGGCCAGAUCCAGCACAGGAUGCCCGUCCCGGUCGGAGGCCAUGUCCCACCAUCCGUCUGCCCCCCCGUCCCACGCGUCCUCUCACAGAGCGUUUUCCUCCCUCAGCUCUCCCAGCAUGCACUGGGCUCUGCACAAGGCUGCCAGCUCCCACAGCCAGACAGGCUCCUCCUACGCCCCCCCCCUGGCUCUCCAGAGGACCCCUCUGCUGGGGCCCCCCCUCGACCCCUCCGGCUUCCCGCCCCUCUGUUACCACGGCCUGCUGCCCGCGCCGCUGGGCGGCCCCGCCCACCUGGCGGCCGGCCCCGGCGCCAUGCCGGCGGAGGCCAGCCUGCUGGAGGGCAGUGCAUUGUGGGACAUGAGCUACGGCGGCCUCGCCAUGAGGGCGGCGCCGGACCUGUCGUCGGGGUCGUCCGGCUACCAAUCAGGCACCAGCCACACAGGCUCAGAGCUGAUGAAGGAGCAUCUGAGGGAGAUCCGCAGCCUGAGGCAGCGUCUGGAGGACUCCAUCCAGACCAACGACCGCCUCCGGCAGCAGCUGGAGGAGAGGCUGGCCCUCGCCGCCAGAGAGAAGGGCGCUCCUACCAACAUCUACAUCCAGGGACUGGACUCCCUGGGUCAGCUCUCUGGGGAGCUGCGGCAGCUGAAGGAGGAGAACCUGGGCCUGCAGGGCCGGCUGCAGCAGGCCAGCCGAGAUGGCGGCCUGGAGGCGGAGCGUCUGCAGGAGGCUGCCCUAUUGGCCAAGGCCAGAGUCAAGGAGGCGGAGCUAGAGGCGGAGCGCUUGGCGGAGCAGAAUAGGAAGCUGCAGAUGGAUGCCCAAAGCACCAGCCUGGAGGUCGGCCAGCUGAAACAGGACAAGCAGACCAGCAUAGAGGCCAUCAACAGGCUGCAGCAUGAGGUGUGUGUUCUCCAGCAGCAGCUGAGCGUGGACCGGGCUCUGGUCUGCUGCCUGCAGGGUGAGCUCCAGGUGUACCAGCGAGGGGGGGGAGCCCCCCGGACCCCCCACCCAGUGGGUCAAGCUGUUUCCCAGUCUGGAGACUGCUCCAUGACCUAUGACGCCAAAGAACUGCACAUUCAUCUGCCGCCUCACCUCGCUGAACAGGCUGACCCUCCACCCCAUGCCCGGAGACAACUGUUCAAUGCAGAGGGGGUUCUCUCUCCUCCUGUGAAGGACACAUGCUUCUUCAGUCCUUCCUCCUCGGGCUCCUCACCUGCCAAGGCACCGACUGAAGGUCCUGCUGACAGUGGUGUUCUGCAGGGUCAGGCCCCUGACGGUUCCUUCGCCAGCCCCCACGGCCGCCACGUGGUGGGCCAUGUGGACGACUUCAAGGCCCUGCAGCAGCAGGUUCUGGAGGGCAGCGCCUUGCUGCGCAGCACGGAGUCCACCCUGGAGGCGUUGAGCCGCCCCGGGCCGCUCAGCGACCGGGCCGUAGAUAUGGGCUCCGUCAGAGCGCUGCUGGCCAACACCCACACCCUCGGUCAGAUCCUCCAGGAGGCCCACUCUCUGCUCAGGAUGUUCUGGAGAGCUGCUCUGCCCAGCUCUGACAGCACCAAGCAGCAGAAGGAGGAGCUGGUGGCGCUCCGGUUGAAGCUCUCGGAGCAGGAGGAGGCUCUCCGGGACGCCAAGGAGCGCCUGAGGAGCAGCAGCCUCAACCAGGACAACAUGGAGACCUUCAUCGUCAGCCAGCUGUCAAGAACCAGGGACGUCUUGAAGAAGGCCAAGACUAACCUACAGGACAAUGAGCGCAAGAUCUGCUCCCUCCGCCUCUCUCCUUCCUCCCAAGCCUCGUUCUCCCCCUCUCUCUGCCCCCCUCCCUCCUGCUCCUCCCCCCACCCCCCUGCGGGGAAAGGUCAAAACUCAGGACGCUUCUGUGAGCUCACUCUCUCUCCUGAUUGGGGUGUCCUGAAGGCCCGGCCUCCCACCACACUCCAGCGGGCUGUCUGUUGAGUGGUUCCUGGGGAGGUUGCCUGGGACAGACUCUCCUCCAACAUGCUGUUCAGACUGCCUUCCUGGCCGAGGUUUCAAUCCUGCAACAAAAACCGUGGUCUGCUUUAGGAACACAACCAGGAAUAGGUCCUCACGGAUCUCUGAGUUGUCUUGGGGAACAGUGUUUGAGUGAUGUGUGUAAAAAUCCCUUUUGCUGAGGUGAAUGAGUGUGAUGUCAGAGGCUGAUUUAUAACUGUGGAUGAAUGUCGAUCUCCUAAGGGCUGUGUCUUAUUUGUGUACAGUGGAGUUGAUCGUUAAGGGCUUUUAUUAAGGCUCCACAGGUUAAAGGUUGUUCUCUUUUCUUUGAGUUUCUGUCUGAUCUCAGCUGGGAUUAACAUUUUAGAAUAUUAUCCAUGUCUUUGAAAAUAGAGCUUUGAAAAACCAAAACCAAAGUGCUUCCAUUUGAGGUAGUGAUUUAUAAUAAUGCUAAUGUUUGAUAGUGUAUAUAAUAGCUGCAUGUGGUUAGAUCAUCUAACAGGAAAAAGCCAUAUUGUUUAACAAAACAAAUUAUAAUUUUUUUGCCUAGUAUUAUGAAAGCUACAGAUAAGGUUAAAGCCUGAUAAUAUUUGGAUCAAAUCAAGGUCAUUUACAGAGCUAAUUUUUUCAGAUAAUUUUUAUUAUUAAUUUUUACAAAAUGAGAGACCGGGCCAACCUUUCACUCUGCUUAUAUGCCAAAACAUGCAUUCAUAAACAUUUGAACAUAUUCAAUGCAAACUGCUGUUUGCUGUCACUGCGUUUAAAGGAUUUGACAUAAUUAUGAAGACAAUUAAUGGAAAGCAGCAGUUUAUUUUAGACUACUAAACAGAAGAGAAAAAGCACCCCGUGUAGAUUUGUUUGAUAACUUAUUUGCCUUUCGUUUGUGAAAUUAGAAAAGGGAUUUGAUAUUUUUAAAAUGGUCCAAGUGGUACAAUGUUUUAUUUGAUCAACUAUUUAUGUUAAAAAUAUAGUUGUGAAAAUAGUCCAAACUCAAGUAUGACCCUUUUAUACAUUGAUUAUUAUUAUUUUGUAACUUUUGAAAGCCAGUUCAACUUGAAUUAUUUUUGCAUUUUUACAUUUAAAGUACAUGUCCCUGUUAGCAUUUCUGACAAUCAUUAGAUAAAAGACAAUCUGAAAUAUUUUAAAGGACACAGUGUGAGUCCAGUUUGCUUUGGUUAAAUAUAUGUUAAAUCGCUUGUUGCUUUUAGCGCAUGAAUUGUUAUAUUGCUAAUAUUCACAUAGCAUGCAUGUUAUGGGUUACAGUGCAAUAACGUCUCCAGUUGCUGUCUAGCUGCUGAGACACAUAUUCCAAAUGUCUUUGCUCCUCAUAAAUAAGAAAUAACUUGGACAACAUUUUCAACCAUUAUCAUGACUUUCUUUCUUAGAGUAUUUAUUUAAUAGAAGUAGGUGGCACAAUGUCUAAAGUGAUUACAGUUUGUAACCCUUAAAGCACAACCAUUAGGCAUAUUAAACAAAUAAAUGAACCAAAGUGUUGUCAAAUUGGGUGUCUUCAAAUGUAUAUCGUGGGUCAUUUACAAUAAUCCAAAAACCUGUCUGUAAUCUGCUUCACUGUGAGCCAUUUUAGAUGUAUGUAUGUAUGUAUGUAUGUAUGUAUGUAUGUAUGUAUGUAUGUAUGUAUGUAUGUAUGUAUGUAUGUAUGUAUGUAUGUAUGUAUGUAUGUAUGUAUGUAUGUAUGUAUGUAUGUAUGUAUGUAUGUAUGUAUGUAUGUAUGUAAACAAGGGAGUGUAAACUAAUGCAAGUUUUUGUGGCUGUAAAUCUGGGUCUUUCAAUUGUGGCCUACUUUAUUUCAUGCAUGUGAUAGCCUAUCCUAAAAUGUUUUUGGGUAAACAUAUUUUGCAAUAAAACGAUGACCCCCUUCUCACUA